UCCUGCAGGAACUGCUGCAGCUGAGCCUGUCAUCUUAUUAUAACAACAUUGACAACACUUUUCACCAUAGUUCUACACUGUCAUUGCUAUGGUACUGCACUACUACUACUACUACUGCUACUACCACUACACCUUAUAAGUUAUAGUCCACUCACCAACUUCAAAUUCAGAGCUUCAAGAGCAUCAAAGAGGAUUUCCCAGUUUUUCAGUUCCGGUUGUGUUUUCUUUAUCUUUCACUAUUAGAAGAACAAUGCAAUCUCUGGCCGGGAAACUGGUUUCUUUCACCAUGUGUGUAGGUCUUAUCAUACUUGUGCUACCAUUUGCCAUCUCAUCUCAAGAACAUGUGAAAUCCGUUGGCAGCCAUACAAACGAUAAAGACAACAUUCACAAGGUGAGUCACAAACUGAUGUUUGAGAUUACACUACAUGGAUUCCUCUUUUGGGUAUCAAUGGGGUUUCUGAUGCCCGUUGGGAUACUUGCUAUCAGAAUGUCAAAUAAAGAAGAACGUGGAAGAAGAAUUAAAAUUCUUUUCUAUGUUCAUGCAGUUUCACAGAUACUUUCUGUACUACUUGCAACAGCAGGAGCAGUAAUGUCUGUAAAAAACUUCAAUAACUCCUUCAACAAUCAUCAUCAAAGGCUAGGGGUGGCUUUAUAUGGUAUCAUAUGGUUGCAAGCCUUGACCGGGGUUUUACAUCCAUGGAGGGGAUCCAAGGGAAGAAGUGCAUGGUUUUUUGCACACUGGUUACUAGGAACUGCAGUGUCUGUUUUAAGUGUAAUCAGCAUUUACACUGGAUUGGAAGCAUUUCAUGAAAAGACAUCAAGAAGCAUAAAGCUUUGGACCAUAGUUUUGACUGCUGAGAUCUCUUUGAUUGUUUUCAUUUACCUGUUUCAAGACAAAUGGUUGUAUAUACAAAAGCAAGGAGUGAUUUUGGGACAUGAACCAGUCAGACCUACAGAACAAGAUAUUUCACACACAGAGACGCAAAAUGAAACUAGUGAGAAUUGUUGA